AUGGGAGGAACGCAAGCAUCAGCAACACCGCCUUCUUCGCUGCUGCUGCUGCAAUACGUAAGCAUCGAAGAUGUAGCACAAGAUCUUGACAUGGUCGUUCAGUCGACCUCGGAUGGCGAGUGGAUAUGGGAAGCAGCAAGCCAGUCGGAACAAGACAGCUGGGAGUCUCUCAUUCGGGAUCCAUUAUCGGUGACCUCUCCUUCGCAGAUAUCGGGGCUAGCCGGAAGGGUGCAGGUGGUCGAGGGCAUCAACCUGACAUAUUCCCUCCGAUCCGUCUCUGCUGACACGGAAGGAGAUGAUGGAUUGAAAGCAACGGUAGAUGUCUCAGCUCCGACAUUGUCGCCCAAUAGCGCAGCAAAGAUCAAACAAUCGCUUCUCGAGCGCUCGCAGGAAUGGAAGGACGAGGCAAUCGAGUCUCUCUUCCUCUUCGACCUUUUGACAACGGCACAGACGCUGGCUGCAGACCUGGCGCCAGCCUCUGACACCACCGGCGUCGAAACCGGCCCAGAACCGAAACCCGUUGGGCCUACAAUCGCUACCGACAUCAGGCUGUCUCGUGCCAUCUUCUGGUCACACCAUCUCAAGGCGCCGUCCAAACUCAAAGACUUCAACAAUUGGUGUCCCGAACUCGGCAUCUGGGGUAUCGUGCGCGUCGGCUGGCCAGGAUACCUCUGUUUCGAAGGUGAAUCGUCCGCGGUCGACGAGAUGGUGCGCAGGGUCAAAGGCCUACAAUGGCAUGCGAUACAGCUCCGCGUAGAAAAGUCGUGGACGUGGACCUCUGGCAAGCAGGCGAAAGGUCGCACUCCCUCAGAGCAGGCCCUGCUGGAUUGCGGGCUGUCCAAAGAUCACCCGGACAACGCUGCGGAUCAGGAGGGAGAAGCAAAGGUACGCACGGGCUGUCAAGUGAUCGAAAGCUUGGGUGAUUUAGUGACACGCCUCAGAGGAUGCGAACUGGACGAGGACGAGAUCGAGGGCGCGCUCGGCAUUCGCAUGAGCGGAAGUGGUCGUUGA